UUUUUCCAUUUAUGUCCACUUCAAGAAGGCAGCCAGCUCCUUCAUGCUUUUAACCUCGCAGGAGGUUUGUGCUGUAAGACAGAAAGGCUAAUUAUACAGCAGAUAAUCUGCCUCCCUGGCACUCCUUGAGGGAAUUAUGCCAGAUAGAAGAAAGAGAGACAUGUGCCUUGUGGAAAAGAGAAAGUGAGAGGGGUGGCAAGGCCCAGAAGUCCAGGAUGGAAAGAGAGAUCUGCAGACUCCCAGGGAACCUACAGCUUUCUCCACAGCAUUGCUGGAGUUUGUUCAUCCAAUCGUAUCCGAGUAUGCAAAUAAACUUUAGCCCGUGCGGAUAAAAAGGAACAAAUAAAGCCAAGUGCUCUAUCAGAACCUAAUUGCUGAGCCAGUCACCUGUGUUCCAGGAGCCGCAUCAGAAAUGUCAUCCUCCAGUGUGCCAGACCUACCUGCGCUACUCACCGAUUUGAAGAUUCAAUAUACUAAGAUCUUCAUAAACAAUGAAUGGCAUAAUUCAGUGAGUGGCAAGAAAUUUCCUGUCUUUAAUCCUGCAACUGAGGAGGAACUCUGCCAGGUAGAAGAAGGAGAUAAGGAGGAUGUUGACAAGGCAGUGAAGGCCGCAAGACAGGCUUUUCAGAUUGGAUCUCCAUGGCGUACUAUGGAUGCUUCCGAGAGGGGACGACUGUUACACAAGUUGGCUGAUUUAAUUGAAAGAGAUCGUCUGCUGCUGGCAACAAUGGAGUCAAUGAAUGGUGGAAAACUCUAUUCCAGUGCAUAUCUGAAUGAUUUAGCAGGCUGCAUAAAAACAUUGCGCUACUGUGCAGGCUGGGCUGACAAGAUCCAGGGCCGUACAAUACCAAUUGAUGGAAACUUUUUUACAUAUACAAGACAUGAACCUAUUGGUGUAUGUGGCCAAAUCCUUCCUUGGAAUUUCCCGUUGGUCAUGCUCAUUUGGAAGAUAGGGCCUGCACUGAGCUGUGGAAACACUGUGAUUGUCAAACCGGCAGAGCAAACUCCUCUCACUGCUCUCCACGUGGCAUCUUUAAUAAAAGAGGCAGGGUUUCCUCCUGGAGUUGUGAAUAUUGUUCCGGGUUAUGGGCCUACAGCAGGGGCAGCCAUUUCUUCUCACAUGGAUAUAGACAAAGUUGCCUUCACAGGAUCAACAGAGGUUGGCAAGAUUAUCAAAGAAGCUGCCGGGAAAAGCAAUCUGAAGAGGGUGACCCUGGAGCUAGGAGGAAAGAGCCCUUGCAUUGUAUUGGCUGAUGCUGACUUGGACAAUGCUGUUGAAUUUGCACACCAUGGGGUAUUUUACCACCAGGGCCAGUGUUGUAUAGCUGCAUCCAGGCUUUUUGUGGAAGAAUCCAUUUAUGAUGAGUUUGUUCGAAGGAGUGUUGAGCGGGCUAAGAAGUAUGUUCUUGGAAAUCCUCUGACCCCAGGAGUGACUCAAGGCCCUCAGAUUGACAAGGAACAAUAUGACAAAAUACUUGACCUCAUUGAGAGUGGGAAGAAAGAAGGGGCCAAACUGGAAUGUGGAGGAGGCCCGUGGGGGAAUAAAGGCUACUUUGUCCAGCCCACGGUGUUCUCUAAUGUUACGGAUGAGAUGCGCAUUGCCAAAGAGGAGAUAUUUGGACCAGUGCAGCAAAUCAUGAAGUUUAAAUCUUUGGAUGACGUGAUCAAAAGAGCAAACAAUACUUUCUAUGGCUUAUCAGCUGGAAUCUUUACCAAAGACAUUGAUAAAGCCAUAACAAUCUCCUCUGCUCUGCAGGCAGGAACAGUGUGGGUGAAUUGCUAUGGUGUGGUAUCUGCCCAGUGCCCCUUUGGUGGAUUCAAGAUGUCUGGAAAUGGACGAGAACUGGGAGAGUACGGUUUCCAUGAAUACACAGAGGUCAAAACAGUCACAGUGAAAAUCUCUCAGAAGAACUCAUAAAGAAAAUACAAGAGUGGAGAGAAACUCUUCAAUAGCUAAGCGUCUCCUACAGUCACUAAUAUAGUAGAUUUUAAAGAUAAAAUUUUUCUUUUCUUGAUUUCUUAAAAGCUAAAUUAUAUUAGUAUUAAUACUACCCAUAGAAAACUUGAUUUGUAGCUUGUUCUGAAAGAAUUGCUUUCUGAAAUGUGAUCCCCAAAUCCUACCUAAACAAAAAAGACAAAUUUGGAUGUAUGAUCUCUCUAGCUUUGUCAAAGUUAUGUGAUUUUCUUUGUAGCUACCUUUCCAGGAUAAUCAUUUUAUAGAAAGGGAACAGGUGCAUUUAGCUUCUUUCCCUUAGUGACUCCUUGAAGUACUUAACAUACAUAUUAACUGCAGAGUAAUUGCUCUGUUCCCAGUAGUUAAAAGUCCUUCCAGUGUUUUGAAAGGUUUCCUAGGAUGUAAUGUCUGCUUGUCAAAUGAAAUAAUCCCUGUAAUAUGUAGCUGUAAACUGAACAUAAAGCUUAAUAAAAACAACCUUGCAUGAUU